AUGGCGCUACACUCCUUCCGGAAGCUUCACCAGUUCUUCGAAGACGGCGAGCUGUGCGACGUGUGCGUCCGCGUCGGCGGUCGGGCCUGGCGCUGCCACAGGCUCGUACUGGCCUGUUGCUCACCCUACUUCCACGCCAUGUUCACCACUCCGCUUGCCGAAAGCCAACAGCAGGAAGUGAGCAUCGGCGACAUCGAUGAGGCGGCCAUGGACCAGCUCAUACGGUUCGCCUACACCGGCACGGUCCAACUCAACGUCGAAGGCGUUCAGGCGCUGCUGCACGCGUCUUCGGUGCUGCAGCUGGACCCCCUGAUGCGCGCCUGUUCCUGCUUCGUGCGAUCCCACCUGGAGCCGGGCAACGCGCUGGGCGUCUGGCAGUUCGCCGAGUCGCACGGUCUCGGGGACCUGGCCCGCAGCGCCGAGCGCUUCGCCAGGGCCCGGUUUCCGCAGGUGGCCGCGUCCCGGGAGUACCUGGCCCUGGGCGUCGACCACCUCGACAGGCUGCUGGCGGCAGCGGACCUCGGUGUGGAGUCCGAGACUCAGGUCUACGAAGCCCUGAUGCGCUGGAUCAAGCAAGACAUCGCAGGACGCGGUAGUGAACUGCCCAACCUCCUGGCCCGCGUACGGCUGUCUCUGCUUCCUGCGGGCUAUGUGCGUCGCCGCACCGAGGACGAGGAACUGCUCCGAGGCUGUCAUCGCUGUCGAGACCUGCUGGACGAGGCGCGUGACCACCAGCUCUGGCGAGCCGGACUCCUGCCGGGGCUCCCACCGGCUCCCGGGGAGCGCUCGAGACCGCGGCACAGUUACGCAGGAACGUUGUUCUGUGUCGGCGGCCGUGACUCGAACGGAGACCCUUCUGACUCGACCGAGUUCUACAGCAUCGCCCACAACCGCUGGUUCAAGGCUGCCAAUAUGACAACCAGGAGGCGACACGUCGGAGCUGUCUCCGUUGCAGGCAAGCUCUUUGCCGUUGGCGGCAGUGAUGACAAGCAUCACCUGUCCAGUGCCGAGUUGUUCGACCCCCUGACAAACUGUUGGAAGCUGGUCUGCACAAUGAACAUACCCAGGCGGGGCCUGGGCCUCUGUCAGCUGGGUGGUCCGCUGUACGCCGUGGGCGGCAUGGACGACGUGUCCUUCUUCAACACCGUCGAACGCUACGACGCCCAGUCGGACUCCUGGACCCUGGUGGCACCCAUGAAGUCUCCGCGAGGCGGCGUGGCGGUAGCUGUCCUAAGGGACUGUAUCUACGCAAUCGGAGGCAACGUGGGGCAGACGUCGCUCAACACUUGCGAGAAGUACGACCCGCACCUGAACAAGUGGACCUACGUGGCCGGAAUGACGCAGAGAAGGGCUGGCGCAGGCGCUGUGGCCCUCGAUGGCUUCCUCUUUGUCGUAGGAGGCUUCGACAACAACCUCCCGCUGAGUUCCGUAGAACGGUACGAUCCGGAUUUAGACCGCUGGGUGUGUGUGCGGCCCAUGAGCACGAGCCGUGGUGGUGUCGGCGUCGGCGAGCUUUCCGGCCGGCUGUACGCUGUGGGCGGGCACAACGGCACUCGCUACCUGGACUCUGUCGAAGCCUACGACCCAGCCACCGACAGGUAG